AUGGCGCCUGUCGAUCGCGUAGACCACAAUGUCCUUGAGCAACAGCUCAAGGACAUCAUCCAAGAUCUCUACCAAAUAAUGGUACAAGUCUCAACCUACGACUCCGUCGGCCGGUCCAGCAGAGAAGUUCUCAUCAACGAAAUCAAAACCCUCUCCGACUCCCUUCGCACUGUUCACUCCUCCGCCUCUCCCCCAAACAACCUGCCUUCAGUGCCUCCAGAGCUUGUCGAAUAUGUCGAGCAUGGCCGUAACCCGGAUAUCUACACUAGAGAAUUCGUCGAGCUCGUGCGCCGUGGCAAUCAACUUAUGCGCGGCAAACUCAACGCCUUUGGAACCUUUCGCGACAUCUUGGCAGAGAAUAUCACCACGGCCAUGCCUGAGUUGCGCGACGAUGUGGCCCAGGUCGUCGAGGCCACCGGAGGCGUGCCACCUGGGAGGAGAAACGGUGAGCAGCCGCAACAGAAUGGCAAUGCUACCAACCACGCCUCGUCGUCUUCUGCUUGA